AAAUACAAUACAAAUACUAUCUCUCCUUUGCUUGCUCUUUUGGAUGUUGUACUAGGGGAGGAAUGGCCGCGCAUUUCUCUCCUCUCACGCCAUGAACAUCACCACGGGGGCCAAGGAGGACAGGCAGUUCAUGACGGGGCUUCACACGGUCACCGACAUCCACUGCCGUGGCUGCCGCGAGGUGCUCGGAUGGAAGUACGAGAGAGCCUACGAGGAAUCCCAAAAGUACAAGGAAGGCAAGUUCAUAUUUGAAAAAGACAAGAUCGUGCAGAAGAAUAGCAGAGAGAUGGCGGAACUGGUUGGGCCGCGGGUGUACAGCUGCCGCCAUUGCCGGAACCACGUCUGCCUCCUUGACGAUAUUAUCUCCAAGGCCUUCCAGGGGAGGAAUGGCCACGCGUUUCUCUCCUACCACGCCAUGAACGUCACCACAGGGGCCAAGGAGGACAGGCAGCUCAUGACAGGGCUCCACAUGAUCACCAACAUCCAUUGUCGUGAUUGCCAGGAGGUGCUCGGGUGGAAGUACGAGAGGGCCUACGAGGAGUCCCAGAAGUACAAGGAAGGCAGGUUCAUAUUUGAACAGGCCAAGAUCAUGCAGGAGAACUGGUAG